GAAGGAAGAGAGGACGCCAUAUUGAUAAAACUAGUGUAAACAGUGAAACGAGAUUGUUUCAAAGCGAUCUUUUUCUUGCCUUCCACGGUUUGGGUGUUUCAAGACAACAAUUUGAUAUGGGAGAAGUGUAUGCACCUACGGGUCAGUCUGAAGCAGCACAACUUCUAGCCACUUUCUGGCCAAGGCAAAUGCAAGAAAUCAGAAAUAUGAAUACAAAUGAUUUCAAAGUUCAAGAGUUACCAUUAGCAAGAAUCAAGAAGAUAAUGAAGCAAGAUGAGGAAGUCAAAGUAAAUGUUUUUGCUUCUACUGUAGGUUCUUUUGCAGCACAUUUUCAUGUGGACAUAGGCUUAAGAAGAACCCUCCAGAGAAAUGACAUUGCUAUGGCAAUUACCAAGUUUGAUCAAUUUGAUUUUCUCAUUGAUAUUGUGCCAAGAGAUGAACUCAAACCUCCUAAGCGACAGGAUCCAAUUCGUCAGACAGUGGUUGCUCCUGAUCAAGUUCAGUACUACUUCCACCUUGCCCAACAUCAUGCAGUUUCAAUGCAACAGCAGCAACAACAGCCUCAGCAAGGACAGCAGGCACCACAAGCACAACAGGCGCAACAACAGAUAGCAACACAAGUGCAACAACAGCAAGUGGCAGCCAGCACCCAGCCUCAGACUAUUAUAACUGGUGUGCCAACACAGCAAAUUGUCACCAUGGCACCUGGACAGGCUCAGAUGCUACAGAACCAACCACAGGAACAAAGUGAUGUUCAGUAUCCGGUCCAUUUUAACUCUCCACAAUUGCAGUACCUCCGUAUGCAGCAGAUUCAGCAACUUCAGCAACAGCAACAACAACAGCAGCAGGCACAAGGCCAACAACAAGCGCAACAAACAACCCAACAACAACAGGCUGCACAACAGCCUGCACAAACAACUGCUGAACAGGCACAACAACAGGCUCAGCAGCAAGCGCAGCAGGCCUCUGCUCAACCAACGGAGUUUACAUUCACUGCUGGAGGACAGAUUUACCAGCUUCAGCAACAUCCACACACUGGCGUUACUGCCGUGGCUGUAGCAGCACCACAGGGAACUUAUAUUCAGCAGCAAGGCGCCACAGCAGAACAAGCCUCACUCACAGCUACUGAAGCACAGCAACAGCAAUAGGAAGGUUGUUGACAUUUUGAGGAAUCCACUCUAAAUUUACUAGAAAUGGAACAAUGGAAUACACUCUGCUCAUGUAUAUAACGGCGCUGUUAAACAUUGGCGUGACGAUGUGCUACUGCAGAUACAUCAAAGUGAACUAAUUUAUUUUUGCUGCGAUUACUGCCGCUGGCUACAAUAAUAUUUUAUAAAUAUUUUACACAUGUUAUCACGCAAUCGGAUAGAAUAUAUAACGAGAAAAAGCCAAAAGUCUGGAUAGGGUUUUCUUUUCCCUCAGAGUUCAGUGAGAGAAAAGAAAUCCAAAGAGUUAAACUUUUUAGGAUCAAUGUCAGUAUCUGGGGAACUGUGCACCAACCCCUCCCCCCCUAAUCGAAAAGUCACUCUUGUUAUCAGUUGACUGUUGUUGGGUUAGGGGUGGGGUAGGUGUGCAGAUGCUUAGAUACUGACAGGGAUCCACAGUUUGCAAGAGAGUAGGAAUAUUGAGUAAAAAUAUUUACGUGGAAGUACGGUAUACAGUCUGUAAAGAUUGGUUUCCAAAUUAUAUCAGAGAGCAUUUAUUCGUUUACCGUUUUAACUUUAUCAUUUUACAACAAUCACCUUUGACGAGCUGAAACCAAUCAAAGGAAAGAUAUGAGAGUGUUCAACCCAACCAUAUUCAAAGUCUUAAAAGUUUUCGGAAAUACAUUUACUAACGCGAUUUUUUUUGUGCAUGUUUUUUCACCCCUUGGUAUUUAUUGAACUUAAAUUUACCUCCUACAUAACCAGAACUUCAAGAAGCUCUUAUCUCGCUAUAUUCUCCUUUUCAACUCAAAGAAAAGGAAAAUAUAGAUAGAAGACACUAACCUUAAACUUCUUUAGUCAAGGCAGCUUGUAGUUCAUCAAGACCUACCACUUCCUAAGUGAUGUCAAGGUACUUUGCCUCUGCUGCCUAGAGGAAAAUCCUCUGUCUUUAUCCCCUCUGUCUUCGAUAGAGCGGUUUUUAAUUGAGUAUCGAAAAUAAUCCUAUACUGCUUUGGUCUUGCGUUACUUCGCUCUUUGAUUGGUUCAGAAAUCUCACGCCACCAUCUCAACCAAUCAGAUGAAAAACGUAAACCAAUCCCAACUGUGUAACUCGCGUUUUCCCGCGAUUGAAGCGGGUUGCUUAUUUUACUUUGAGUUCUCAUUGAUUAAUGAUGACAUUAACCUUCGUUCUGAUUGGUAGAUGUGAUAACUUUGAUUUUGGCUUUUUCACACAGUAACACGUUGGUUAUUUAUCUUUAUCCCCAUUCUCCACUAGUUGAAAGUUCUUAUGGCUGUUUAUGAAUCGUCUGGCAUCGAUCGUGCUUUUAUUUUGGAUUGCUCUAUAACAUUACUUCUUUAAUUGUGUCUUGUAUUAUACCUUUACUAAGCGUAAACAUUCAUGUACUUUUUUCUUUUCUGUAUAUCAGCCAAUAUAUAUCUUUUCUGAAUCAUCUGGCAUCGAUCGUGCGUGAAAUUUUGAAUUACUCUAUAGCAUUACUACUUUAAUUGUACCUUUACAAAGCGUAAACAUUCAUAGCCUUUUUUCUUUUCUGUAUAUCUGCCAAUAUAUAUCUUCUCUGAAUCGUCUGGCAUCGAUCUUGGUUGAAAUUUUGGAUUACUCUAUAACAUUACUACUUUAAUUGUACCUUUACUAGGCGUAAACAUUCAUAGCCUUUUUUUCUUUUCUGUAUAUCAGCCAAUAUAUAUCUUCUCUGAAUCAUCUGGCAUCGAUCUUGGUUGAAAUUUUGGAUUACUCUAUAACAUUACUACUGUAAUAUUACCUUUAGUAGGUAUAAACAUUCCUAUACUUUUCUCUAUAUAUCUGCUUUCCUCUUAUUCUUUCCUCUUUUCCUUUUUUGUCAAAUCUUUGUGUCAAAUGACCGCUAUUUUUAUUAUGCAUUAAAAGCUAUUUACAACUUCA